AUGUCUUUGUUCCGUCGAUUCUUUUACAGAAGACCACCAGAUGGUCUUUUGGAGAUUACUGAGCGUGUCUACGUUUUUGAUUCGUGCUUCUCGACAGACGUAUUUGAGGAUGAGACAUAUAAAAUUUACAUGCGGCAGAUUGCUACACAGCUGCAUGAGCAGUUCCCAGAUUCUUCCUACCUCGUGUUCAAUUUUAGGGAAGGGGAGAGAAAGAGUCACCUGACGGAGAUUCUCUCACAGUAUGACAUGACGGUAAUGGAUUACCCUCGGCAUUACGAGGGCUGUCCUGUUUUAUCCAUGGAAAUGAUUCAUCAUUUUCUUCGCUCCAGUGACAGCUGGUUGUCUCUUGAAGGCAGCCAGAACAUUAUUCUCAUGCACUGUGAGAGGGGAGGGUGGCCCUUGCUUGCUUUUAUUCUUGCAUCCUUUCUCAUUUACAGGAAGCUGCACACUGGGGAGCUGAAGACAUUGGAUAUGCUGCAUAAAGAGGCGCCCAAGGGAUUGUUACCUUUAGUUUCACCCCUUAAUCCUCUUCCUUCACAGUUACGAUACUUACAGUAUGUUGCUAGACGAAACAAUACUCCGGAAUGGCCACCUCAAGAUCGGGCACUUACCUUAGAUUGCCUCAUGUUUCGGGUAGUUCCAACAUUCGACUCAGAGGGAGGAUGUAGACCUCUCGUACGUGUUUAUGGCCAGGAUCCGAGGCUGAAGGCGAAUCGCACGACGAAAAUGCUUUUUUCACAGAAUAAGAAGAGAGUUAGGCAAUAUCGUCAGGUUGACUGUGAAAUUGUAAAGAUAGACGUCCAAUGCCCAGUAAGAGGUGACGUGGUUCUGGAGUGCAUAAACCUGGAUCCUGAAACAGAUCGAGAGGGAAUGAUGUUUCGAAUCAUGUUUAACACAGCCUUCAUUAGAUCGAAUAUACUAAUUCUGACGCGUGAUGACAUAGAUAUAGUGUGGAACGCGAAAGAGCGAUUUCCAAAAGACUUCAGAGCCGAGGUGUUAUUCAAUGAGACCGAAGCUAUACCUUCGAAAAGACCUCCUGUGAUUAUGCUGGGUGGGGAAGAAAAAGAGGUUCUCCCGAUGGAAGCAUUUGCCAAAGUACAGGAGCUCUUUAGCAGUGGGGAUUGGGUUGAUGGACAUGGAGAUGCUGCGCUUACAUUUCUUCAGCAAAUGACACAGAAUGGUUUUCAAGACUUACAGAAGUUGAUUCCUGGAGAUGGAUUUAAUUCUCCCGACUCUCGGUCUGCUCCAAAUUCGCCUAAGGAUGGGGGUGGUGGUAGAAAAUUGCAUUUUAACUUGACCCCACAACCAAGUCGUACAACUUCAUUUGAUACAAGUCUUCACAAACCAUCUAUUCUUUCUAGAACGCAGUCACCAUCGAUGGGAAGAAUAGAAGGGGUUAAAAAUGAUUCUGCUGGGCAGACAACUAAUCCAGUGCCUAUUCUUUCAGCUAUUGAUCGUUCCAGUGGUGCGACAGCCCUUUCAGCCCUUGCAGCCCCUUCUCCUGCUCCUCCCCCUCCUCCUCCACCUCCACCUCCAUUUGGAGGUCGUCCCAACAGUAGUGCCCCUGCUCCACCCCCUCCUCCCCCACCUCCAUUUGGAGGUCGUCCCAACAGUAGUGCCCCUGCUCCUCCCCCUCCUCCCCCACCUCCAUUUGGAGGUCGUCCCAACAGUUCCACCCCCUCCUCCACCACCAAGCGCAGGCAGAGGUAGGGCAAGUCUACCUGGCCCGCCAGCUCGAGCGCCUGCUCCAGUGGCCGCACCAAUUACAAAGAAACCUGCACCCUUGAAACCCCUUCAUUGGGUCAAGGUUACCCGUGCUUUACAGGGGAGUUUGUGGGCAGACUAUCAGAAACAGCAGGAUUCAGCAAGGGCACCUGAUAUUGAUAUGUCGGAAUUGGAGGCAUUAUUUUCAGCAGCAGCACCUGCCUCAAGUGGUGCUGCAGCAGAUAAGCUGGCUAAAAAGACUGCUAUCAAGCAAGAAAAAAUUCAUUUGGUUGACAUGCGAAGGGCAAACAAUUGCGAGAUUAUGUUGACGAAGGUCAAAGUUCCGUUGGCAGAAGUGAUAAGUGGAGUUCUUGCCUUGGACCCAGCUGUAUUGGAUACAGAUCAAGUGGAAAAUCUUAUCAAGUUCUGCCCAACGAAGGAGGAGAUGGAUAUGUUGAGAAACUUUACUGGUGACAAAGAUACCCUUGGAAAAUGUGAACAGUUUUUUUUGGAAAUGAUGAGAGUUCCGAGGAUAGAAGCCAAGUUGCGUGUCUUUUCGUUCAAGAUCCUUUUUAGUCAACAGAUUAGUGAGCUGCGGGACAAUCUAUUGGUUGUAAACAAUGCUUCAAGACAGGUCAGAGAAUCUUUAAAGCUGCGACGAGUAAUGCAAACUAUCCUGUCCCUUGGCAAUGCCUUGAAUUCUGGAACAGCUCGAGGCUCUGCCAUUGGUUUCAAGUUGGACAGCCUUCUUAAGCUUACUGAUACUCGUGCUCGGAACAAUAGAAUGACUCUCAUGCACUAUUUGUGCAAGGUUGUAGCUGAUAAGUUGCCAGAACUUCUUGAUUUUGACAAAGAUUUACAAGAUCUGGAAGCAGCAACUAAGAUUCAACUGAAGUCAUUGGCAGAGGAAAUGCAAGCAGUGAGCAAGGGUCUAGAGAAAGUGGAACAAGAGAUUGCUAUGUCAGAGAAUGAUGGUCCUGCAUCUGCGGGUUUCCGGCAGGUAUCUAAGGAAUUUCUUAAAACAGCAGAGUCCGAAGUACGCGCAUUGGCUUCUUUGUACCUUGAAGUGGGCAGGAAUGCAGAUUCACUUGCUCAAUAUUUCGGCGAGGAUCCGGCGAGAUGUCCAUUUGAACAAGUUAUUUCAAUUCUGUUCAAUUUUAUGAAAAUGUUCAAACGGUCAUACGAAGAAAACACUAAGGCAACAGAGAUGGAGAAGAAAAAAGCUGAGAAAGAUGCCAAAGACGCUGAAAGAGAGAGAAUGAAAUCUUCUCCUAAGGAAAUAGACAGGAAGAGGUCGUUGCAAGACAGGAAAGAGGCAGAUGCAACAUUUUCUCCUUUGAGGUCCAGGAUUGGAUAGGACCUCCAAAACACGUCUCUGAAAGGGGCUUCAGCUAACAUCUACUAUGGAGGCUGUUCUUUGUUACUCCAUCCAGCAUGAUUACUCCAAGAUCAUAGCAACAGCCCAGAUCCACCCUUUUGUAUUGGAUUCAGGUUGUGUACAAUUAACCCCAUUAAUUUUUUCUAGAUAAUUCUAUUCCUUCAUCAGGUACUUUGCAUGCUCAUGUUACUGGCCUACCCCGAAGAAUGUGGGAUUCAAGACCGUUUGGCAACUCGAGGUGAUCAACAUAGAGGAAACCUUGACAGAGGAAAUUAGUCAGUGAGGGGCAAUUAGUGUCCCCAAUAGCCAUGAUAAUUUUGUGUAUGUCUAAGGUGUCGCAAGUAGGGUCACUUGUUCAAUAUUAUACCAUGAACAAAGGAAGUACUGUGGAUGUAGUAUGGGUAAAUUCUACCUUUGUACAGUAACUUUGAGGACCAAAUAGCUUUUGGAUGUCCGAGGCUGGAAUUAUAACUUGCAAACACGGAGUCCUCCUUUUCAAGGUGGUUGGACUUGUUUUUGGGCUUCUGAUGUGUGCUCAAUAUUUUUGAUGUAUACAUUAUUAUUCUUCCCACCUAGUAUGCGGUGUUCUGUGGAGGCACCUACACCAACUGAAGCCGAUCAAUCGGCUCACACGAAGUCUUUUCAUUGAGCUCCCGUAAGUGCGAACUCCAAUUUCUUAGUUUCGAUUUUUGCUGUAACUUUGCAUCAUGAUUUUGAGUUUGAUCACUGUGAACUAUGUGUUGCGAGUUUUAUUAUUUUUAUGACUUUUUUCUGGCAAUUUCUGUAAAUUUGGCCAGAAUUUUAGCACUACUUUUUUUUCUGUUGUUUCAGAUGUUUACAUCAGAGUUCCAACAGUCUUUGGUAUUAAUGUUUAUUGAAUUUUGUUUCAAUUACAGCUUAACUGUCUGAAAAUUCGUAGCUUUGAGAUCUUGGACGUUAAGCGGAUGGCUCUCGUCUUCUGCAGAUACCUCCAGGCUUCAUUUCUAUUAUUUCUGCUUGAAGUUUCCUGCAGAGAUUCUUUUACUUUUUGGUAAGCCCCGCGCGUCACUGUUGGUGGGAGAACCUUGGAGUCGUAAGUUGAAGAUCGCAAAUAGCAAUUUUUGGAUGGAAAAAAUCAGUAUGACUUAAUCUUCCGGCUUGUACCCACCAGGCACUCGGAAAUCGAAGUACCUCAUCUUAAGUAGCUUGCAGGCUUUUAUCUUUUUCCAGAAGCUGGAUCUAGGCUGUUUUCCAUCUUAUUUUUUGGGGAAGGAACUGAAGUUGGUGACUGAAUUCUUUUUUCACCUUUGGGAGGAUUUCUGAAGGUGUCAGGAUUAUCUGUGUUAAAUGUAUCGUAAAAUACUUGGUACUUGGCUAA